AGGAUACGGUAGCUGUCGGUUAACUCCCUAGCCAGACAGCUACUUAAACUAGUUUGCUGCAACUGCCAGAGCGCCUUUCUGUGCGAAGUGGUUACAAAAUCCAUCCCUUGCUCCGAGGAACGACGUUCUUCUAAGGGAAAGGAGCGGGAGGGACAAGGUAACGCCGCUUCCCUUUACUUGCUCUGUAGUCCGAGUUUCUUCCAUUCUUUGGGGAAUGCUGUGAAUGCCUGAACUGAAUGCCAGCAAUAUGCGUUCACUGAAUUAAUUUUCCUAACUAAUGGCAACUGUCAAGGUUUAUUUAUAAAAAGUGUUUACACACAGUUUAUAAAGGGGGGGGGGGGAGUAAUGUUUCCACGGUCUUUGACAAAGAUGCCUUGGGACUAAAAACGAGGAGAGGAGAUCAGUGCGUCCAGUUUGGGGUCUUUAUUGAGGAGAAAGGCAGGGUAUAAAUGUAUUUAUUUGUUUGUUUCAGUUACUCCCUGCCUUUCUUACCAGCGUGGAGAUCCAAAGUGGUUUACAUCAUUUUUUGCUCCUCCAUUUUAUUGUCACAACAACCCUAAGGCUGAAAACCCAAGGAAGCAAGUGUGGAUUUGAUCUUGAGUCUCCCAGAUCCUAAUCUGAUAUUCUGACCACUACACAUGCUGGCUCUCAUAAAGCAACGAAUAAACAAAAUGAAUUUGGCUUUGUCAGCCCCAUGCAUGUCCUUCUGUUACCCCUUCAAGUUGAAAAAUGUAAAAGCUUGUCGUUUGUGGGUUCAAAGCUGGUACAAAUCUUAUAACAGUUAAUGGACUGACUCCCUAAGGAAGGCCUUUGUCCUUAAAAUUAUGAGGAACUAACCACUGAUUUGUAUAUCAUAAUGGAUUGGCUCUGCAAUCCUGCCGGAUUGCUCACAGGUUUAAUAACUUGAUCAGUAGAAUAAACUUAGAGUCCAGUGGCAUCUUCCAGUGGAAAAAGUUUUAUUCAAGGUAUGAGCUGUCAUGUGCACACACAGUUCUUCAGAUAAUUGCACAUGAAAGCUCAUACCUUGAAUAAAACUUUGUUGGUCUUAAAGGUGCCGCUGGACUCUAACUUUAUUCUAUUGCUUCAGACCAACAUGGCUACCAUCCUGGAUCUGCUUGAGCAGUGUAACAGUGGAAUAACAUACUUACAGAAGAUUAACUGACAAUUUCUGAGUGGGCUUUCUUCAUUCUCUGCAGUCUUUCUUCUAGGAAUAUGUUUCUUGGAUAUCAAACUUGUAGGAACAUUUGUUUGCGUAUGCCACUGCAUAUGGAUAAGAUACAAAUUGGCUGGUGCAACACUGAAAUCUAUGAGGUUUUUUAUUUAGUGUGCAUAGUUGGCAAGAUUUGUGGGCACAUGUAGAAAAGAAAAGUCCUGCACAAGCUCCGUUUAAUAGUGGCCCCCUCAUUAAGGAACCAGAACUACUAGCUUUAAGGCCUUGCAUUCUGUAAUGCAAGAGCCCCAUGGUGCAGAGUGGUAAAGCUGCAGUACUGCAGUUAGAGCCUUCUGCUCACGACCUGAGUUCGAUCCCAGUGGAAGCUGGUUCAGGUAGCCAGCUCCAGGUUGACUCAGCCUUCCAUCCUUCCGAGGUCGGUAAAAUGAGUACCCAGCUUGCUGGGGGGAAAGUGUAGAUGACUGGGGAAGGCAAUGACAAACCACCCCAUAAAAGGUCUGCCAUGAAAAUGUUGUGAAAGCAACAUCACCCCAGAUGACUGGUGCUUGCACAGGGACUACCUUUUUUAUUAUUCUGUAAUGCAGGAUGGUUCUAAACUGUAAAGAGACUUAUGUUGGUAUACCUUGCAGUUUAGCGGACUCACAUGGAGGUUUUGCAUUUUCUUUUGUCUUGCAGGUGCAUCUCUACAUAAUUCUUGCUUUUUGUGUGCAAUGGCAACUGUGCCCUCAGCUGGCUGCCUUCUGGCAAAGAACCAGUACUAUAGAACUCGACUGAAUUCAGAAUCCAGUGUUUCUUCAAGCAGUUCCUCUUGCUGCUCUGAUCCCAUGAACUUCUCAGAUCAGGAUAAAUCCUUUCAUGGGCUACCUGAGGUGUUUGACAAAUGUUGGUGGAUAAGAAGCUUUUUCCAGUGUGAGUCAGCUCCUCAGAAUGUGGGCAGGAAAACCUUAUCAGCCAGCAGUGCUAACAGCUGACUUGGAUUGCAAGCAAAGGGUGUCCAUAUUGACCUUACAUACACAAACUCAUUUCUUGAAAGACUCCAGGUCUUCAAGGCAGCUGCAUUCAGUUAUGUGAAGAAAACGAACUGCUUGAAACUUCACUUGCAAGAAAAGAAGGGCAAAUUUCCAAGGAUUUAUCCACAGUUCAAAUAGUUUUUCUUGAGACAAUCAUCAAUUCAGUUUUCCACGUCUGUUGCAGAGUUCUCAACAGUAACAGGUGUUCUGCAUUUCACAAUGACUCUUGCAUAUCAUUGGAGAAAAGGCAAAUGAAAAGUCUUGUUAGCGUGGAGUAUCUGCUAAUUAUCCCGGCUUUCCAUUACUACAUUUAAAAACUUCUGUAGACUGCCUGAGGCAGAAAGAUUCAAGGCUGUUCUGUCUCAAAGCUGGAAACACAGUAGCUGAGGUUAACAGAACAAUAAACUUCUGUCACAGCCUCAAAUUUUAAAAUGUUAGUUAUGCGGAUAUAUUCAGAUGCCAAAUGAAGGUUUUAUAUGUUGUCAAAACUUAAUCUACAAAAAGUCAUUCAAAAGUAAUUUAUAUACCCCAGUCUUGAACAUAUUGGGUUAGAUCCCAUGAGCUUUUUCACUGGUGAGAAAAAGGACGAGGGGGUCCUCUUUGGCUGGAUUCAGAUGGCCAAUUUGAGCCAACGUAGGCACUUCCUCUAGGUGGAUUAAAAAGUCAUAGUCAGACAGGCAUAGUGCCACCCAUUCCACUCUCACACUUAUCCUAAUAUCUCUGAGACAGAUCAAAUAGCUACCAGCAGGGAAGUAGUAGCAAAAUCUUCUAUCAUGCCCCUCCCACAUAUCCUGGAGUGUACAAGUAAGGUGGAUUGGUGGUAUAAAUCCUUCAGUUUGCUGUAUGCACUCAUUGGUAUUCUUUUUUUUAAAAUCACUGCCACGGAGCACAUGACCACUAAAAAUGUAAGGGAACCCCCCCAUCUGCUAAGGAGAUGGUGUACAACAACCAUGUGAAUGUGCCAAAGUGCCCCCCCCCCCAUGAUAUAUGGAUGCCUCAUGGGGGAGUGUGUGAACAGGAUUUGUCUGCUCCAUCUUGGGAUGGUGCGAUUUGAGACGCCUCCUGAGCAUAUGGAGCUGCCUCUCUGUACCAAGCCUUUAAUUACCAAAAAGCUAAUGCUGUGGAUCAUGGAACAUACAUAAACAAAGUCAUGUGAGAUGGAAGCUUUAGGAAGGAGAGGACUUAGAGGAGAUUGAGUGAGAAAGUUGUCUUGAUCCAUUUCAUAACUCUGGUGCAAAUCACUGAUUCACUAAAGUUUAAUUCCACAUUAGAUGUGAUCAGCAUCACGAUCUUAGUGUGUUGUUUCAUUGUCUGAUACAUGGAAUGUGAUUUACACCGGAUGACUUGUACCUUGAUGAACCAUAUUAUUACUGUGUACUAAGACUGGGCAAAAAGUGCACAAUUUUUAUUGUUUGUUUGCUUUAAAAGCAGAAUGUUAACUAGAAUUCCAGCUGGUUGUUAUUUUUUAACUAGUUUGAUGAAAGAACUUUCUGCUUUAUCAUAGCUCAGAUUUCCAUUUAUAUACAUUAUAAAUAAUAUUCAAAAUCAGUUUCAGCACAUGAUGAAAUGCAUGAUUAUAUGGUUUCAAUAUAAAUAUUAGUAUCGUCUUGCUAGUAACAGAUCUCAUUUGACAUGCUUUUUCCUUUCUCAGACUUUAAAAAUGCUGAGAGGAACAGGUUGCUACAUGGAUGACUGACUCUUGCAGAUAUUAGGUUAGCACCAAACAGCACAACAUUAUUGCACAAGAGUUCUGUAAAGCCUGUAAAGGUUGCGUAUUUUUGAGAUCCAGAAGUGUCACUUGUUGAUUAAAUGGGGAAGCCUGCAGAUAUUUGGCAAGUAUUAGGAGCAUAGAGCUAUAUAAUGUUCAGGACAGCACAAUUGAUCCAUUUUGUUCUAACUUGGCUGUAUUGUCAUUAUGCAAUAUAUACCCAGACAUUAAAGAAAAUGAAUGCAGAAGAAAUAAAUGUAGAUAAUGAUUAAGACAGUCCAUCAAAAAAAAGGUUGUUUUGAUUUGGGGACUUGCACUAUUACAGUUCUGUGUAUCUUUGUAUAUGUUUAAAAAAUCUUGUAUAGCGUUAUUGGAGAGAUAUGUAACUGUACAGAAGGAACUAUUUUUUUCUACCAAGUUUUGUAUUAAUAAAAAGUCUGAUAAACA